CAUACAAUGUUGGGCGUCCAAAAACUGAUCAGCUGUUCUGUCAACCGUCCGAUGCAGCCAGAGGCCGACAACCACACCAGCGCUUCGGACUGACAGCAGCCAUGGCCACGGCUCAGUCUGUGUUCACCCUAGCUGUGUGCGUUCUGAUGAUCACAGAGCUCAUCCUGGCUGAGAAAGACUACUAUGAAGUCUUGGGUGUGCCCAGAGACGCCUCUGAACGCCAGAUCAAGAAAGCCUUCCACAAGUUAGCCAUGAAGUAUCAUCCGGACAAGAACAAGAGCCCAGAUGCUGAGGCAAAGUUCAGGGAGAUUGCUGAAGCAUACGAAACGCUGUCCGACAGCAAAAGGAGGCAGGAGUAUGAUCAGAUGAGGAAUAGCCCUUUUGGCCGAGAGGGCACAAAAGCAGGUGGCGGCCAUUUCCAUCAACCAUUCAGUUUUAAUUUUGAGGACAUUUUCAGAGACUUCGAUGUUUUUGGACAAUCGCCACACUCCCAGCACAAGAGGCACUUUGAAAGCCACUUUCAGUCCCAUGAGGAGACGCACAGAAGACACAGCAGACACUUCCAGAGUUCUUUUGGCGGUGGCAUGUUUGAUGACAUGUUUGCAGAUAUGUUCUCGUUUGACGGACACUCGCGCAGCACUGGCAGCGGGUUUCAGGGCUCUGCAAGACAGCAGCACUGCAGGACAGUCACUCAGCGCAGGGGAAACAUGGUGACCACAUACACAGAGUGCUCCUGAUCCAGACUCAGGCUUAUGCUUAAUUUUUUGCUGUGGCUCCCUAUUUUUGAUUUGGAUCAGUAUCAGUGACAUUUUUCAAAAAGUUAUGCAGAGUAAUGCAAUGCUGCAACAAACACUUACAUGAAGGGCUUUAGUGCAGGAUAAAAUCUGGGAUGUUCCUGAUAGCUUUUGUACACAGGGAUGCACAUUUAUCAUUGUAGGCAAUUGCAGUUCAGCAGUUAUAGCCAUGACCGUUAAUUGGUGGCGUUGAUAAAGCUUGAGUUAGUUAUUUAGAGCCUUUCAGUGUAAGUGUUAAAAGCAUAAUCUGAUUCAGCUUGAUGAAGUUAAAGGAAUAGUUUGAUUAAAAAGAUUUUAAUUAUUAUAUAUGUAAUAAAUAAAAAGUAAGCCAGCUAGUAUAUAAACCUGAAAGAUUUUUAUGCAUGGCCUCACAUAGUUGUUUCAAAAUGCAUUGUCUGGGAAUAUAUUACCCCUUAAAGAAAAAUGCAGAAAACAUAAAGGUGUUUGGCAAGAUAAUACCAACAAGAUUUUCACGAUUUUGGCCAAUCAUUAUUUGAGAUUAUGCUUGAGGCCAGUGUGUCAUCAGUUCUUGGCCAGGCUUUUUAGUUAUCAGGACUAAAAUCUUAAUUUAUCAAUCAUAACUCAGUUUUUUUGUUUCUUGUCAAUCAAACUAUACCUUUAAAUGUUUAUUUUGUUCGUUCUUUUGUUGUGUGAUCUGCGUAAUAGAUAUGUCAAUUCCUAUAUCUUCCAUUCAUUUAUGCACAGCAGGGUCUCUGAGCAGUUCAUGCUCUUUUCAGGGUUGCCAUGCUGGUGUGGGGGGCUAUAGGAGACAUGGUUGCCAUGUUUGAACACCAAGGAGUACUUUGCUUUUUUUCAGCCUAAUCUCUGUCUGCUGCAUCUGCAGCAUACCACAUCAUUUUGAUGUGGUAUGCUGUACUUAAGAACAUAAAACAUGUCUCCUCAAAACACAUGUAUAGUAGAAGCAAAUGGGCAGAUACACUUUUGAGUCAACAGAGUUUCUUUUCUUGGACAGAAGAUAUUGUCUGUAUUGUAAUCAACUGUACGAUACAGAUGCAGCAGGUAGAGAUGAGCUUGAAAAUGCUGGAGUAUUCCUUCAUGUGAUUUUACCCAAGGGCGUAAGAGCAAGUCGGAGGAUGGGUGCUUAAACCUACACUCCUCCAAAACUAUGCUAACCUACUGCACUUAUACUGAGGUUGAACCAGUCUCCACUAUGUUCCGUAGGUGGAGCCAUAGCCUACUGAGCCGCUGCCACCCGUUGUUACCCGUAAUUCUCAAACAGCUUUUGGGUUCUUAGACUGGGGGAAUCCCCUAAAUGUGCAAUAAUUACCUCUACCUUCUCUGCUGUUUGGGAAUCUUGCUAGGUAACUUCAGUAAUAUUACACCAUCACACAAUCUUUCCAGCCCCUCAGGCUUAACAGCAACGACCAUGGGGUUUUUGGACAGGGACUGUAAUUUGCAUUUGGUAGGAAGCAAAAGAAAGGUUGCCUUUUGUAAUUGAAUAUAGUAUGAUGUGUCAUGUUGUUGGCAAAUAUCAGCGUCCUUUAUCAUAUAAGUGGUGAAACCAACAGAUUAAUGUUGGCUGCCAUCAGAUGAUUUGAUUGUGUAUUUGUGGCUUCCUUUAGAAAACAGCCAAAGCCUUUCACCCAUAUUGGCAAUAGAUAUACUUGACUGUCACAGGAUUACCCUAAUCAUUUUCUUCAGCUUCACCAACUGUUACCUCAUGUCAUAGCUUUGAUGACAUACAGAAUGACGUGCAAUAUUGUAAUGAGCACUUUAUGUGC